AUGAUAACUUACUCAGAAUACUUUGACGAAUAUACAGCAGACUUAAAUAAAUAUUUACAUAAAAUAAAGCAUUCAAUUUAUAACAUUAAAAAUAAAGAGGAUUAUAAUAAAAUUCGCGAAUAUAUUACAGAGUCUGAAAAAUGUAUAAAACAAAUCACCGUCGAAACGAAUAGUUUACCAAAAGGAUCUCAUAAAAUAUUUGAACAAAUUAAUAAAUAUAAUUCAGACCUAAAAAAAUAUAAAAAUAUUUUAGAAAAAAUGAAUGGUGACUAUUAUUCUGAAGUUACCGACAGAGAAUAUGAUUUAACAAAAAAAUAUAUUGAGGGAACAAAUUUCUUGGAUGAAUCUGAAAGGAGAGCUCAAGAUGUCGAGGAUAUGGGAUAUACAAUAAUGAGUGAAUUAACUUCUCAAAGGACUACACUUUUAAAAACUAAACGACAUGUCGACGAAACAAGACAGGAGCAAAGCAGAAUAAAGAGAAUUAUGUUGAGUAUAUAUAAUAACAAGAUAAUAUAUAAAUAUUUAUUGAUAGUAAUAAUAAUAUUGUUGGCAAUAGCAAAUGUUGGAGUUAUCAUUUACAAGAUAAGGCGUUAA